GUUGCCAUGGCAACCCACUGACCUGAGCCACCCCCUGGAGAGGCCACAGCUGCUGGCUUCCUGGGCUUCUCCAAGCUUCUGUGUGUCGCCACUGCCACCGGCAGGGAGCCAGGAGAGAGACAGAAAGGGGCUGAGAGAGAAUGAUCAAAAGGAGAGCCCACCCUGGUGCGGGAGGCGACAGGACCAGGCCUCGACGGCGCCGUUCCACUGAGAGCUGGAUUGAAAGAUGUCUCAACGAAAGUGAAAACAAACGUUAUUCCAGCCACACAUCUCUGGGGAAUGUUUCUAAUGAUGAAAAUGAGGAAAAAGAAAAUAAUAGAGCAUCCAAGCCCCACUCCACUCCUGCUACUCUGCAAUGGCUGGAGGAGAACUAUGAGAUUGCAGAGGGGGUCUGCAUCCCUCGCAGUGCCCUCUAUAUGCAUUACCUGGAUUUCUGCGAGAAGAAUGAUACCCAACCUGUCAAUGCUGCCAGCUUUGGAAAGAUCAUAAGGCAGCAGUUUCCUCAGUUAACCACCAGAAGACUCGGGACCCGAGGACAGUCAAAGGUUUCUACCUUUAUCAUGAUGUACAGAACACACUGUCAGAGAAUACUGGACACUGUAAUAAGAGCCAACUUUGAUGAGGUUCAAAGUUUCCUUCUGCACUUUUGGCAAGGAAUGCCGCCCCACAUGCUGCCUGUGCUGGGCUCCUCCACAGUGGUGAACAUUGUCGGCGUGUGUGACUCCAUCCUCUACAAAGCUAUCUCCGGGGUGCUGAUGCCCACCGUGCUGCAGGCAUUACCUGACAGCUUAACUCAGGUGAUUCGAAAGUUUGCCAAGCAACUGGAUGAGUGGCUAAAAGUGGCUCUCCACGACCUCCCAGAAAACUUGCGAAACAUCAAGUUCGAAUUGUCGAGAAGGUUCUCCCAAAUUCUGAGACGGCAAACAUCACUAAAUCAUCUCUGCCAGGCAUCUCGAACAGUGAUCCACAGCGCAGACAUCACGUUCCAAAUGCUGGAAGACUGGAGGAAUGUGGACCUAAACAGCAUCACCAAGCAAACCCUUUACACCAUGGAAGACUCUCGCGAUGAACAUCGGAAACUCAUCAUCCAAUUGUAUCAGGAGUUUGACCACCUCUUGGAGGAACAGUCUCCCAUCGAGUCCUACAUUGAGUGGCUGGAUACCAUGGUUGACCGCUGUGUUGUGAAGGUGGCUGCCAAGAGACAAGGGUCCUUGAAGAAGGUGGCCCAGCAGUUCCUCUUGAUGUGGUCCUGUUUUGGCACGAGGGUGAUCCGGGAUAUGACCCUGCACAGCGCCCCCAGCUUCGGGUCUUUUCACCUAAUUCACUUAAUGUUUGAUGACUACGUGCUCUACCUGUUAGAAUCUCUGCACUGUCAGGAGCGGGCCAAUGAGCUCAUGCGAGCCAUGAAGGGAGAGGGAAGCACUGCAGAAGUCCGAGAAGAGAUCAUCUUGACAGAGGCUGCAGAGGCUACGGCGCCAACCCCUUCACCAGUGCCAUCGUUUUCUCCAGCAAAAUCUGCCCCAUCUGUGGAAGUGCCACCUCCCUCUUCCCCUGGUAGCAAUCCAUCCCCUGAGUACACUGGCCUCAGCACUACAGGAGCAAUGCAGUCAUAUACGUGGUCUCUCACAUACACAGUGACGACGGCUGCUGGGUCCCCAGCUGAGAACUCCCAACAGCUGCCCUGUAUGAGGAACACUCAUGUGCCUUCUUCCUCCGUCACACACAGGAUACCAGUUUAUCCCCACAGAGAGGAACAUGGAUACACGGGAAGCUAUAACUAUGGGAGCUAUGGCAACCAGCAUCCUCACCCCAUGCAGAGCCAGUAUCCGGCCCUCCCUCAUGACACAGCCAUCUCCGGGCCACUCCACUAUGCCCCUUACCACAGGAGCUCUGCACAGUACCCUUUUAAUAGCCCCACUUCCCGGAUGGAACCUUGUUUGAUGAGCAGUACUCCCAGACUGCAUCCUACCCCAGUCACUCCCCGCUGGCCAGAGGUGCCCUCCGCCAACACGUGCUACACAAGCCCGUCUGUGCAUUCCACGAGGUAUGGAAACUCUAGUGACAUGUAUACACCCCUGACAACGCGCAGGAAUUCUGAGUAUGAGCACAUGCAACACUUUCCUGGCUUUGCUUACAUCAACGGAGAGGCCUCUACAGGAUGGGCUAAAUGACUGCUAUCAUAGGCAUCCAUAUUUAAUAUUAAUAAUAAUUAUUAAUAAUAAUAAACCCAACACCCAUCCCCCAGAAGACUUUAUCUCUAUACAUUGUAACUCAUGGGCUAUUCCUAAGUGUCCAUUUUCCUAAUGAACAUGAGGAUGGGAUUCAAUGUGGGAUGAAUAAACUUUAGUUCAGAAACAGGACUUACUAAAAGUCAGCGGGAUUGGGUUUCUGUAGCCAAGCCAGACUUGACUGUUUCUAUAGAGCACUAUCUCGGGCAGGCCAUUCUGUGCCUUUUCCCUCUGUUCCAUGACUUUGCUUUGUGUUGGCAACCACUUCUAGUAAGCUACUGAUUUUCCUGUUGACAAAAUCUCUUUAGUCUUGAAGGAUGGAUACUGGAGACAGAAUCUGGUUUGUGUUCUUGGAUGGGCACAUAAUUUGCCAAGAGCAUUCACCUUGCCAUCUGUCUGUCAUCGUACUGUACAAGGAACAGCCCUCAGACGUGUUCUGCACAUCCCUUCUUCCUGGUGGUAUCAUCACUGCUUCCUGGAGCACCAGGGCUAAAUGGGGAGCUAUCUGGAAACUCUAGAUUUUCUGUCAUAACCCACAUCUGUCACAGUACCUGCAUUGUCUUGGAAUGUAAGCACUGUCUUGAGGGAAGGAAGAGGUCUGUUCUGUAUUGCCUUAAGUGAUUGAGGUUUGUAGGAGACUGGUUCUUCUACAUACAAGGAUUUGUCUUAAGUUUGCACAAUGGCUAGUGUCAGCAAAAGGCAGGAAGGUUUUUUUUUUUUUAAAGUUCUAUGAGAAUGUGGAUUUAUGGCAUUGAGUAUCACACUCAGCUCUGCUGUGUUAACUUUGUGAAACUGGAUGGAACAAACUUUAACUUACCAAGCACCAAGUGUGAAAAUGACUUUCAUGGUUUCUUCAUAAAACUAUAAUAAUAUCCGACACUUUGAUAGAAAAAAAUUCAAAGCUGUGCCUUUGAGCCUAUACUAUACUGUGUAUGUGUGGAAAUAAAAAUGUAUUGUACUUUUGGAGAAUUUUUUUGUAGGCAUUUUUCUGUCAGACUUGUAGUAAUUUGUGAGGUUUGUUAGAGAUUAAUAUAGGUUUUCUUUCUGUAUUAUAAAAUGCACCAAGCAAUUAUGGUGGGCCUAUUACCCUAUGGGUAAGAAAUAAAUGGAAAUAUGACAUCGGAUGUUUUAGCAAUUGUUCUGUAAAUAAAAUCUUUGAUCACACCACUCAGUGUGAUAAUUGUGUCUACAGCUAAAAUGGAAAUAGUUUUAUCUGUACAGUUGUGCAAGAUAUGAAUGGUUUCACACUCAAAUAAAAAAUAUUGAAAUGA